CAACCGCAAUUUUCGCCACAUUACUCAUGAAGUCUAUGGUCCCCGUGCGGUUGAAGAAUCUAAACUUCUUGCCGAGGACGGGGACUGUGCGUGUCCGUCUCUCCAAGGUAUCUCCCGCCAAGACAAUACUCGGCAUCUCGGUAUAUACGUUCCACAGGUACUGGUAGAGCGGGUCCACAUAUUCGUCAAAGUUCUUCUGAUAAAGGGACGCGACCGAAUCGAACAACCCCGGAAUGGGGGGUGCAGGUUUUGGGGGAAGCGGGACGCGUUUUAGAUCUGUCGGACUUGAGAAAAACAAGGCGCAUCCAAGCACGAAACUUACUGGAGGGAGCCCAGCGGCUGCUAUGCCUGAAUAGACCGAUGGCGCAACGAAUGCGAGAUACUUGCAUCCACAGAACUCACUCCGUCUGCAUCAGCACCUGUGGGAUAUCAGAGAAAGCCCCCAGUGUCAGCGACGGGAGAUCACGCACCCAGGACCGCUCAAAAUAAGUGUCCCUCUGAGUAAGUCUGCGCUCGUCGACCACCUUUGACGACAGCACAGUCCGAGACGCAAAAUUGUUGUGAUUGCUGACGUCAGCUCACCCUUCCCGGUGAUCGCGUGAUCAUUGACUGACACGCCACCAGCCGCACAAGUCUUGCACGAAGCAUGUCCCUACACAACGAGAUCAACCUCAAGAGGCUCCUCCGCCGGCUGGAGAAGUCUGCAUCCGAAGCUCACUGGAGCGACAACUCGUUCAACGCGUGGAUAGAAGUGCAGGGGUCCCUCCAGAAGGUGAAGCACGCCAAGAAGCUGCUUGCGGAUGUCGAGCUGGAGGACUUCGAUCCGACCCCCACCUCCGCCCAGCGUUACGAGGAGUGGAGGACCCGGCUGGACCGUCUGGAUGCAUUGAUGAAGACCUACGAGCAGACAACGGCACCCAAAUCUACAAGACCUGUGAAACUGCUUCCCAAGCUCCCUCUUCCCGCAGAUCCUUUGCCGACAGAACCGCCCCCUGGCCCUUCCGAGGUAUCUCCAACACUCGAUCCAGCUUCUGCUUCGCUGUCUACCGCCACCGUCCUGGACAAUCUACUGGACUCGGCGCGGGACGUUCCCCCUCCAGCAUACACACCGCCAAUACUGUCGUCUCAGAAGCCCACCAAGUCGACCGCAUCAAGCACCGCAUUGGAAGCCGGGACGACAGCCAGACAGCGCGCUAUGGGCGAACAAAUGGCGAUGAUGGCCGAACAGCUCAAGCGCAACGCAGUUCAUUUUUCGGACUUAUUGGAGAAGGACAAGUUGGCGAUGGAGGAGGUCGACUCCAAAUUGGAGGGCAACUUCGGUUACAUGCAGAAAACGCGUAUAAUGACGCGUGAUCUCAGAAGCAAGACCGGGUCGACGUUCUGGUUGACGAUGGUGUCCAUCAUCGUCGUUUUGCUCGCAUUCGUCUUCAUGAUUCCGUUCAUCCGAUUCUCAGGAAGAUAGCCGUCCGUAGUACAACGUAUGGUUUAUACACACGUAUUAUGUUAACCAUCAUCCACACUUGAAGUACUGGAUAAGCAAGGAGAUAUUAAACGGCUGCUAGGCAAGGCGAGGAGAUGAUAUGAACAACAAAAGGAACGACGAAGACGGAGUACGUGCAGGGUAUCUUAUUGGAAUAAUUCAUCAAUUUCGUGGAACAACAAGUUGCCUACAGCCUGUGGCCUGGAACAGCCCAGAACAGGAGGGUCAAGGCGGCAACGAAAGCAGCCACUAGAAUGGACACCCAGAUGGCUCGACCCAGCAGCAGCUUCUUCACGUAGGGUUCGCGAAUCCGCAAAGUGCGGAAAGGAGUGGUUUCAGACUGCCCGAAGAAAACGAGGAUCGGGUCCAGCUCGUAUUGGUGAGAGACCAAGCACAAGACAGCAAUCGUGAAUGGGAUGAAGAGCUGCAAAGAUUCAGUUAAAUGAAGUGAUAGAAAGCAACAUGAACCACGCACGAAGAAUCGCUUAGACUUGGGCUGCACGUCAAGGAAUAGGAGAGAGAAGGCGGCGGCAAGACCGACCCACAAAGUCAAUAAUCCAACGACCAGCCGCACAAGCGAGGAGAUGGGUGUGAGAUUUCCAAAAGCCUUGGCCCGCAAAAAGCGUGGAAAUGCAUCUUGCUCCAUUGCCCUGAAGCAAUACUCCUUCUGUGCAUGGAAGAGAUCCGGGAUUUGUGCCAUUAAGCUGAGCUCUGCAGCAUUCCGGGGCUCUUGGGAAGAGGAGAGAGGGAAGGAGUGGACGCGGAGGGACGGGGGGAGGUAGAUCUCGUGGUUCUCGCUGGCGUUGACGGUGUUAGCGGCUGGAGAAAGAUAUCGGUAGUAGAUUCGCUCUGCGCUCGCGAUCAGAUUGAGCCGGGUGAUCGCGGCUGAGCGAGGAAUGACGGUCGGCGCUCGCGAUGCGCGUUUCAUCGUGAAUAGGGUCGGUGUGCGGCCUUGGCCAUUGACUCCAAACGGCGAGACGGAGCGGGCACGGCUACCGUACGGAUCUGGAGAUGUUGAAGCAACACGGGUGUGCUCCGAACCGAUUGGCCGCGGGGAUGUUGAUGCACCGUACUUCUCGUCUGUAUCGGCCAAGUAUCGCCUGUCCGCCUCACUCAGGAGUUCGUUCGUGCUCGCCGUACUCCGCUUGGUGGCAGCCCCGUCCCCAUUCAUUCCCACGACCGUGCCGUAGAUAGAACCCCGCCGUCGCGCGUAAUCCCAGUACUGAGGCCAGUCCUCCUUGAUCGUGCGCCCCGACUUCCGCACAUCCUUGAAGUAUGCGCGACAGAGAUUUUCGUGUUGCUGGACAUCCAACCAGAAGUCGAGAAUAUCUUCGGCGCCCUCGCGUUGGAGGAAAAGACUGAGUGGGCGAUAACAAUUCUGCGAAAUGAGAGAGCUGGGCGAUACGCACUAGAACAUGAAGAGAUCGACGGGUGGACGCGUUCGGCGCGACAGAACCUCGGUAAACGAAGGCAGUCGGUUCUUGCGGCUGUUCGCCCAGUCCUCUUGUUGGCGCUCGUCGUCCAUCACGGCAAGAGAAUAGUCGGGCAACUUUGCAGCUGUUUGUUCGGUAACCUCUUUUCCCAGAUCACGACGAUCAGACUUUCAACAAAUG